AGCAAAAUGUUUAUGACGUUACACCUUAUGUAACAACAUUAGGUAGGUAAUAGAUAAGCCUCAACUCAGAGACGUAACUUAAUCUGUGCUAUAGGAAAAUAAGCCGAAUGAAUCAGUUCGCCCACAAAGAUUCUAAAGAAAUCUCAAUUUUGCUUCAGAAGGGCCAAACGAAUUUGUUUGUUCUUCUGGGAUAAUUGCAAUAAAUACUUACUAUCUUACAAUCUGUGCCACUGAAUCAAAUAGUAAAACAUUGUUCACGUUAUCAGGUGAAAACGUCAUGAGUUUUUUCAAAUAUGUGGUUACUGAAUAAUGAUAAGUUGGUAAUAGCAACCGAUAAAAAAGUGUAUUCUCAUUAAAUGAUGACUACAGUCACGUUCUCAUCUAGAUAAACCUAGACAAAAGCGAUUAGUGUCGAAAUAUAGUGCUAGCGGGUGUAAUGGAGGAGGUAAACUGUAAAUGGAAAAGACCGAGUUCCGCACCUUAUCCGUCAAUUUACAAAAAAUUCGAAGGUCGCAGACCAAUAAAUGGUGUCAUUCCAAAAUUUUGGGUUCAGGAUAUUCCGGAAGAUCAAUUCGAUGCCGCCGUCGAGUUCAUGAUGGGUGGUUUUCCUUACGAUGAGCCAUUGAAUAAAUAUUCCAAACUCGAAAGUGACUCCGAAUCUAUGAACACUUUGCGUAUGUUUCUGAAGGAGAUGUUAAAAGACAAGCUGGGUUUGAUUUGCUACGCUGAAAAUCCAGACCCAAAGGGAAAACCAAUCAUAGCAGGUGUGAAUGUUACGCACAUUAAAACAAAGGACGAUGAGAAUAUAGUGGAGAUCAAAGGGAAUACGCUUAGCAGAAUUUUUGAAACUAUGGAGGUAGUUACAAAUAUAAAGAACGUUUUCGACACUUUUAAUGUUAAUGCCUGUCUAAAUGCUAUGGGCUUAUAUGUAAGCAACGAAUUUAGGGGACAAGGCAUAGGAUUAGAGAUUCUAAAAGCAAGGGAAGAUCUUUGCAAGGCGGUGGGCAUUAGUGUCAUAGUAACCGUUUUUACUGCUACGCCAUCACAAAUUAUUGCUGAAAGGGCGGGAUACAAGACGUUGUCCCAAAUUUCGUACUCUGAUUUGAAGCGAUUAGGUCCGAAACACACAUUUCCGGGCAUUAAUGAGCACACAGAGGCUUUAAAAUAUAUGUACAAAAUAAUUUAGUUGCACAUAUUAGCUGCGUAACACGUAAUCCGAAAUUGCGGAGCUGUACUUAUACAAUGGACAAAUUAAUGUAAAUACUUAAUAAACUUAAUUUGAAAUUCCGCA